CUUUAUGGGGCUACCGGGUUCCCACUCGGCCCUGGGAAGUGUGGCCUUGGGGCCUCCCGACAAAAUGGGGUCUGCGGUGGAUGUCCUGGCAAAAGCAGGGCAGAAAGGCCGCGUGCGGGGCCUGGAGGCCAGGGCUGGGGAGAUAGAGCUGUUGGGGUGCGUGGGGGCGGAAGCGGAGUGCGUCGCCUGUUGGGAACGGCUUCACGAGAAUCCAAAGGAGGUUAAGAGGGUCACAGCCUUGGAACAGCUCCCCCCCACACACACAAACACGCCGUUCUUAAUUGUGACAAGCGAGUGUUGGGACUUAAGGCACCGUCUACCCUCUCCUGGUUCCCGAAAGUCGGCAAACGGGAGACCUGGCGGUCCCAGCGCAGGCGGCGUUGAGUGUAGGAGAGGAGGUGGUGGGGAGGUGGUGCAAGGUAGCGUUUGAAUUCGCCGGUGGUCGGGAGCCAGACCGGAAUCCUCUCCCUCGGGUUGAGAACGCAGUGGUGAUUGUUGCCGUUGUGGGAUUUGGAGUGUAGAGUGAAAGGAACCCCUGGGCACUAGAAGUCUGUUCUCUGCGGAGUAAAGAGAGGUAGAAGGUGAUUCGCUUGAUCAGAGAUCUGAGGGUCACGUCUUAUUUCUUACCUAUUCCCAGCUGCUUUGGGGAGGAUUGUCCCGAAACACCCUCACGGUUUUUUUUUUUUUCU